UGAUUGGUUGCCAACCCCAGAAGGAGAAACGGGAAGGAGAAAAAAAAUCGUGUCAACUAAAUCUCACGCAACCUUGUGCCACACGUAACUUAUCUGCAAAGCCCGGUGAAAACAAAACAAUAUCGAUACAAAAUGGGGUGCUUUUUCUCGAAAAAAUCCAAACGAAAGUCGCCGGACGAGCGCGCGCCGACGACGACGACGGUGGAAACUACGACGACAAGCAACGCGGUUCCCCUUGGCAACAACACGGACGAGGCGGCACCGAAGCAGUACAGCUGGGACAAGAGAGAAAAGGUGGACCCCAAGGACUACAUGCUGACAGGCCUCAAAGACACGACAGCGGGUCGCCUCCCAGGAAAGCUCAACGGCCAGCAGUUUGUCAUCCAGGACUGCCACAACUGUGACAUCUACGUGUUCGACCACUCGGCGGCCAUCACCGUGGAUGACUGCAUCAACUGCCGCAUCGUCCUGGGCCCCGUCAAGGGUAGCGUCUUCUUCCGGGACUGCAAAGACAUCCGCUGUGUGGUGGCAUGCCAGCAGUUCCGCACGCGGGACUGUAAAAAGAUGGAGGUGUUCCUAUGCUGCGCAACGCAACCCAUUAUUGAGUCUUCCACUGGCGUCAAGGUGGGCUGCUUCCAGUACUACUACCCCGAACUGGCUUUCCACUUCAAGGACGCCGGCUUGAGCAUCUUCAACAACAACUGGAGCAACGUUCACGACUUCACACCCGUGGCGGGAGAGACCAACUGGAGUUUGUUGCCCGAAAGCGCCGCCGUACUGGAGUCGGUGCCGGCCCCUGGCGCGGAUUCAGACUUCAAGGGGGUCCGCAUCUCGGCGGACGCGGCACGCAGUAUCGUGCCGCUGACCAAAGGGGGCCGGCGCAAGGACAGCGAGGAGUCCUGCCUAUUUGUGUUCUUCGCUGGAGAGUAUACUACCGCCAACGCACGCAAAAUGAUCGAUGAGGCGACAGCCAAAGACUUCGUGCUGAUCCAGACCAAAGAGGUGUCGAUGCGGCCCGAAGACGUCAAACGUGUCUUCCAGAACAAUGCGGACGAUCUUGUGGAGUGGAUUAGCAAAGGUCCCGUCAUCGCGCUGGAGUUUAACGGUGACGGCGUGGUAGAAGCCUGCAAGAACAUCGCCAACGAUGUGUUUAACGGCACAAAGGUUUUCGUCUCGGACAACAAAAACACAUCGUCCCGCGACGUGGACAACUUCUUCAACUUCGCCGACAUGCAGAUGGGCUUGUGAGGAGUUGGGCAAUACAUAUUUGGACGCUGUUUUCUUUCCUUUCUUGUUGCACUGCUACAAUCAGUGUGGGCCACACCUGCUGCUGCUUUAACCACAAAACCACUGGUGGAAACACACAAGCUAGCUUUGAAUGUACAGUGCGGACACCCUAUCUUGUCAUUUAUCGGUCAUUCACUCAACCGGUGCAAAAUGAGAUUCACGUUCAUGCUGUUUAGAUUUAACCACUUUCUGUUUGUUAGCUGUGUACUCUCACGCUUCACUCAUUAGCCGCCAUUGACGGCGACGGAUUGGACGUCUAUCGCCGUCAAUGGCACUGAAACAUAAUUGAUGCCAGCAACAGGUAGACACGUGUUUGUGUGGAUGUAUUUAAUUUCUAUUUAUUGUUUUCAAAGUUAGGAAAAAAAGGGUUCUUUUCACUGCCUGAAACAUCCUGAGCACAAGAAUGCCUCGUAUUUAUGUAUAAAUCUUUAUAAAAACUGUAUGUGUACAACAGCGUACGAUGGACGGCACCCUUGGUUUACUCAGAGAAAUUAUUAACUUGCUGGUCUUUUUAUUUUAUGUAGGCCGUCAUGUGAUCAGUCUUUUGUACAAAUGUGUUUUAUAUGCUUUGUUAAAUGUUUUUGUAUAGAGAGAAAUCGAUGUUCAAUGCUGUACGUUUUUUUUAGUAAAAGUUUACAUUUGUGACUUUUUGACUUCC